AUCUCUCGCUGCGAUUCUCUCGUGCGUUAUGUAUCUUGUCCUGUAAUUCGGGCCUUCGCGACUAGACGCGAGCGCCUGCAGUGUGCUGAGCUGUUCCUCGCCUAGCGUCCUCCGCUCCACCCUCGAAUCUCUGCCAUCCGUCCACUCCGCCCUCGCAGUAAUCAUCAACCUGGUAUCCCUCCCACCCAAGCCAAGGUAUGGCCAACGCGGAAUCGCACGCUGCGGCUGAGCGCACCAUGUCGUCGCAUCCACCGCAACACCAUGUGCCGCCUCUGCCCGCCGACCUCAAGCGCAAACGCAGUCCUUCGCAUGAGAUGCACCUGGCUGCGGCCGCGCCUGUCCCCAAAGCCGCUAAGACCCACAACCACCUCCAGAUCAACUACCUCGCAAGACACCUCGAGAAGGACCUGCCGCUGAUAACGAAUGAUGACACCCUACCCAAUAUCCUCUCGGUCCUUAGCGACUACCAGGGCGUGCUCGAUCGCCAUGAGAGCAUGGCCUGCAACCUUGGCGCAAGACCGUUGGGACCCAUCCUGAUCAAGCGAUUCGAGCGGCUAUUCGACGGACCGCCGCGCGUGCUUAAGAGUCACGGAAAGGAUGGGACCACUGUGACUUGGCUGGACGUGGUCGAGUUUGCGCGCAAUAAGCCGGAGCAGUUCCAGCUGGAUCAGAUGAGCGAAGGUGUGCGCGUCUGCCAGUUUUACACGAAGCAGUGCCGGGUCCAGAUCUCAGAGGAGGAUUUCGUCUUGAUAUCAUCUGGCAUCCCGCAGAAGAUGAUCCCACCUCAACCUAUCAUCGAAGACGAGGAGAAGGAGCUGGGCACAAUGGAGAUACUGGAGAAGAAUCUGAGCCAGAUAUGUUCACUUGCCGAUCAGGUCGCUGCCCGCACUCGGCAGCUCAACCAUAGACUGAAGGGCCGCAAGCAGGCUAUACUCGAUCGAAGAGCGACCGCGAGCCCAGCUCCUACAAUUCCUCGGCCCACGAGCCCCUCGAACGUCGCCCUUAUGAACGGCGGCAGCUCGAGCGCCCCGAGCUCAGGGUACAGCCAGGCGCAUGGCCAAGCGCACACUCAGGCUUCCCAGACAUCACCUGGCGGCGGCGGUGGUUUCGUCGCAGUCAAUGCGCGUCAACAUCAUGAAGCCAACGGCCACGGUCACGGUCACGGCCACAGUCAUAGUCGCGGUCAUGGCACUUCGUCAUCUACCCGGCAUGAAUUGUUGGCCAAGUUCCACACCACGAAUGGUCGGAGUUCGUCCUCGCAGCCGCCCAAUAGCACAGCUGAUGUGCGAAGGCCGUCCGUAGGCAGCCAUACCAACUCUCACCCCUCUACCCCGGCAGCGAUUCCCACAAGGGCUGUUCCCAAGCCCGCAGAUUGUCCUCAGGGGUCCCUGCAGCACAUUGGAAGACCAUCGCAACCCCUCAACGAGUCUGAGCUGCAUUCCAUGAUGAACUCGCCCGUGCCGAUACCAAACACUCCAUCCAACCUACUUCCUGCCUCAAGUCAACGCGCCAGUCAGCAACCCGAAAAGGACGAUGGGGGCCCUUUCAAGGUUGAGAUGGUACACAGGAUGGAAGGAUUGGCCAAGGGUGAACGCAUAAUACCACCGUGUGAUCGCUGCCGGAGAUUACACAUGGACUGUCUGAAGAACCUCACGGCAUGUGUGGGCUGUACAAAGAAACAUGCCAAGUGCUCGUGGAAAGAGGUCAAGGAGGGAGAGUUGCGUGGCGGCUACACGUACCCGCCUGGCACCACCAGCAAUGGCCAGAGUGAGACUAGUGACCACGAGAGUGGCGACCGCGCAAGCACGGCGAGUCCCGCUGCAAUGAUGAGUCCUUCGAAUCAUGGGCUUACGCCAUCACACAUCCCGCACGGUAACGGUCAGCACACUCCGCAGCAUCAGCAAGUUCAUCAUCCGUCAGACCAGCAUACGCAACCACCCCCACAACAGCGCGAUGGCUCGCACGAUGCACGGGUACCAUCGGGCCGCAAUACCCCCCAUGAGCGGGAGCGGGAACGUAACGUAGAGACACAGCUCCAAGAAGCUGCACAGUCUAGCCUCGCACACGCCAACGCUCGGUUGGGUGGGUCCGAAGGCAAAGGUCCUACCAUGGUUGCUUGAACUUUGUCGCCACCUUUGUAGGCUUGCCAGUCUCUGUUCUACUGUCACAUCAGAAAAGUGUCAGAAGUUUUACCAACUGAGCGCAAGAAUAUGUUUCUCGAUUGCAUUUCUUUGUAUAUUUGUUGCAUGAUACCAUAUUCGCUCUUGCUUUGGUUUCUAGGCUUGGGCAGCAGGU